GCUUGAAAAUUCUAGAUUGCGUUACGUCAAAACAAUUUCAAAACAAACUUGUGGUGGGUCUCACGGAUUGUGUUGUAAUAUCUGCUUGAAGAUAAAACUCUAUGGCGGAAAAGAACGAAAAGAUAGUUGAGGAUUUGAUCAAAGAUUUGGAUAUCACAAAUUGCAAAUCUGAAAUUUCAGAGCACGAUGAAAACGUCGAAUUCCAAGAUGCACUAGGCCCCUCAGGAGAAAAUACUCCAUAUGUUUCAUCAGAUGAGUCAGAUUGUGAUGUUGUAACAAACAGUGAAGAUUUACAACUUAGCAAGGAAGAGAUUGAGGAGAGAAAAACCAAAGUUUUGGAAAUCAAGGAGAAAGGGAAUACACUCUUUAGAUGUGGAAGCCAUGACGAAGCAUGCCAUCUUUAUUCCAAUGCCUUGCAAAUCUGUCCUUCCAUUUUCACAGAAGAAAGAUCAAUGUUGUACAACAAUCGGGCAGCUGCAAAGGCAAAACAGGGUAAAAAUGAAAGUGCUUUGAAAGAUUGCACAAAAGCUUUAGAAUUGAAUCCAACAUAUUUCAAAGCACUUAUGCGACGAGCUAAACUUUAUGAAGAAUUAGAUCAACUUGACAAGGCUUUAGCUGACUAUAAAGAAUUACAUGAAGUAGAGCCCAACAAUGUGGAAGUUAAUUCUGCCUUGAUGAAGUUGCCUAAACGUAUUGAGGAGCAAACAGAAAAGCUCAAACAAGAAAUGUUUGGAAAAAUGAAAGAUUUGGGAAAUAUGUUUCUUAAACCUUUUGGAUUGUCAACUGAUAAUUUCAAAAUCAAUCAAGAUCCAGCCACAGGCUCUUACUCAGUUAACAUGUCCAAAUGAUUUAUAUGCUUACCCUCAUUGAGGCCACUAUUUGAAAAAGAAAUGUCAAUAAUAAAAAUUGGUAAAGCUGGAAAUAAUUUGAAUAAAUUCCUCGUUCUGUGGACAUUCAGAUUAAGGUAUAAUUUUCGGCCAGACGCCACGUGCAGUACAGUUAUAUAGUGAUACAUCAUAGUACACUUUUCGUUCGAUUUCAAAUGACACGGAACUGCAUACCAGAAGAAAAAAAUCGGUAGUCAAAGGGUUUUUUUUGUUUUAAUGUUAAGCUGCUGGUCAAGCUGGCAUGUGUGUUCAAGCUACCUUUUCUCCACAGUUUAAAAAAAGCAUACCAAACCAACGAAAACGCUUUUUAACAAAUCUAGAAAAAAAAAGUCGAAAAAAGAAAGGAAUAGAUGGAAAGGAUUUGAAGAAAAUUGCCAGGUUUAAGAAAGGUAAAAUAUAAAUAAGAUAGCAAAAUAGCAGGGGGAUGUGUGUGCUACAUGAUUUGGGAUAUAGAAAGUAAAUUUCAUGGGAUUGAGGAAGAAAGUAAGUGGCCCACACGGAUGAAUUAGUACUACAUUAACAAAAAGGAAUAAUAAUGGGGGGGGGGGAUAGACACACCUGACGAAUCUUAACUCGAAACAAAAUGAAGAGGCCAACGGUGGGGAAGAAAAAGACGGCAGAAGAAAAUUAAAACGAAGUAUUAACAUCAAGUCAAUCCACAGGAUUUAGGU